AUGUCUGUCCUCGAGGAAGCAAAGCGGGUGGCGGCGGAGUUCGAGUACUCAUCGGAGGAUCUGAAUAGAGGAGUGAAGGCAUUCAUAAGCCAGAUGGACGAAGGACUACAAAAGAAAGGGACGUCUAUGAGCCAAAUACCGACAUACGUCACAGCUGUUCCCAAUGGUACGGAAAAGGGUCUCUACUUGGCGGUUGACCUUGGCGGCACAAACUUCCGAGUCUGCUCCAUACAGCUCCAUGGCAACACUACAUUCUCCCUCACGCAAUCGAAAGUCGCGAUCCCCCGAGAGCUGAUGGUCGCCAAAACAUCUCAUGAGUUAUUCUCCUUCCUGGCAAAGCAGAUCGAGAACUUCCUCCGAACGCAUCAUAACGAUCACUUCGAGGCACAUGUCAAGCGAAGGAAAACCAUGAGCUCAGGGGAAGGAUUUAGAAAUGAAGAGAUAUUCCAAUUAGGGUUUACCUUCAGCUUUCCAGUCAACCAGAUUGGCAUCAAUCGAGGGACACUGGCAAGGUGGACCAAGGGCUUUGACAUUGACGAUGCCAUUGGGCAAGAUGUCUGUGAGCUGCUUCAGAUAGAGAUUGAUGCGCUUCAUUUGCCGGUCAAAGUCGCAGCUUUAGUCAACGACACCGUAGGAACGCUAAUGGCACGAUCGUACACAUCUCCCGGGAAGACAGGGACCCUCCUUGGUGCCAUCUUCGGAACAGGAACCAACGGCGCCUAUGUGGAAAAGCUCGACAAAGUCACCAAGCUCAAGUCAAUGGUCGAAGGCGCAGACUAUGACAAAUCAACCGGCAAUAUGAUUGUAAAUACCGAAUGGGGCUCGUUCGACAACCAAAUGAGCGUCUUACCCAAUACGCCCUACGAUGAAGCACUCGACAAAGCGACCCCCAACCCCGGUAUUCAAAUGUUCGAAAAGCGUGUCUCGGGCAUGUUCUUGGGCGAGAUCUUGCGCAACACCAUUCUCACACUAGUCAAGGACCCUAAGUGCCAACUUUUCAAAGACUCCAAUUCAUCCACCGACAAUCUCCACUCCACGACUACCAUAGCAGAGAACUCGGUACUCUAUAAGCAAUGGGGGGUUGACACCAGCUUCUUGAGCAUAGUUGCAGCAGAUGUCAGCCCGGGGCUGAAGGUCACGCGGCAGGAACUUAGCAAAGGAUUUGGCGUCGAUGCUGCGAGCACGGAGGACGCUGAGGCCAUCAAGCUACUCGUCAACGCCAUUGGGAAGCGCUCUGCCAGGCUUAGCGCGGUAGCACUCGGUGCUAUUGUGAUUUCGACAGACAAUCAUGUUUCCACAGGUGGUGGGGAUGAUGAUGUGGUGGACAUUGGUGUUGAUGGCAGCUUGGUGGAGUACUAUCCAGGGUUUGAAGAUUAUGUCAGGGAAGCAUUCCGGGAGAUGCCUGAGAUUGGUGCGCAAGGUGAGAGGAGGAUUCGGAUUGGUAUUGCAAAAGAUGGGAGUGGAGUUGGUGCUGCCUUGAUUGCUUUGGUGGCGGCGCACAUGGGUGGUGACUAA